AAUCAUUUAAAAUCAAGAAUUACAAUCGAAAAUCCACAUCAUAGUGUUUAACAUAGUUAUAGUUUUAAUCUACAUUUAAUAAAACUAAAAAUUGUUAUUAACUUGUAAAAAAUGGACAAUUUCAAAAUGAAAUAUGAGGUACCUGGUGGUAUUAUCUCACUAAUGCCAAGCAUUCCAGCAGAUUUAUUAAGUUAUAUAAAUUGUAUUGAAAAUUUACCGGUUUAUAAAGGUGAAUCAAUCCUGCCAAAAAGAGAUGUUAAUUUAUUAUCCUUAUAUGCUGAUAAUAAUAUAAACCAUAUGCCAACUAAUUUAAUACCUAAAAGAGAUCCCAAGACUGGUAAAAUUAUUUGCUAUGAAGAAGUUAUUAAUGAUCCAAUAUUUCAAUCUGAAGGUAAUUCAAUACCUUGUCUAAAAUCAAUGAACAGUCAAAGUACUGUCAACCAACAUGAAGAUGAUGCGUUUCAAUUUCAAUUUGAUCCUAAUAAUUUACCAAUAGCACCAGGAAUGUCAAACAAACUGAAAAUAAACCAAAAUGAUCAAAAUACAUCCAUAAACAUUUGUGCCAUUGACACAACAGUAGAAGAUGAAUGGACUGAAGAUGUAGGAGGAUUUUGGGAUGAUGAAGUACCAGAAAUAUUAAGUCAACCAGAUAAUAUACCAGAACCAAUUUCUGUAGAUGAAAUUAAUCACAUUAAAAAAGAUGAAAACUUUGUACUAAAAAUUUCUCGAAAUGCAGAAAGAGCUCUAGUAAAAUCUAAAUGGGUUGAAGAAUUAGAUAUUUCAAAACCAAUUGAUAACUUUGACGAGUUAUUACCUGAUCCAGCUUAUAAAUGGGAAUUUGAAUUAGAUACAUUUCAAAAACAAGCAGUGCUUAAAUUGGAAGAAAAAAGUAGUGUAUUUGUAGCGGCUCAUACAUCAGCAGGUAAAACUGUUAUUGCAGAAUAUGCUAUAGCACUUGCUAAAAAACAUCAAUUAAGAUGCAUAUAUACAUCUCCGAUAAAAGCAUUAUCCAAUCAAAAAUUUCGAGACUUCAAAAAAAAAUUUGGAGAUGUUGGUCUUAUUACAGGAGAUUUUCAAGUGAAACCAGAAGCUCAAUGUCUUAUUGUUACAACAGAAAUUCUAUGUUCUAUGCUAUAUAGUGAUUCAGAUAAAAUUAAAGAAACUGAAUUUGUUAUUCUUGAUGAAGUUCAUUAUGUAAAUGAUAGAGAUAGAGGUCACAUUUGGGAACAAAUUUUAAUUAUGCUUCCUAAACGUGUGAAAUUAGUUAUGCUAAGUGCUACUGUCACCAAUGUUAUUGAUUUUGCCAACUGGAUCGGUCGUACUCGUGAUACUAAGAUUUAUGUUGUAUUUACUCUGUAUCGACCAGUUCCUCUUGAACAUUAUCUUUAUAUUGGUUCAAAUACAUCUAUGGAAAUGAAAGACAAUAUGCAUCUAAUUAGAAAAGCAGACAGCGGAUUUCUAAUCCAAGGCUAUCGUAAAGCUUCAGACUUAUUAAAAAAAAAUAAAGAAGUAAAAAAAUAUCAAGAAUCUACACAUUUCAAAGAUCAGAAACCAAAAUGGGUCAAUUUUUUAAGAUUUCUUGAUAAAAAUAAUUUGUUUCCAGCAGUUGUUUUCAUUUUGUCCAGAAAAAAAUGUGAUAUGAUGGCAGAAUCUUUAAAAAACUCAGUAAAUUUUUUAUUAAAUAAUAAGGAAUCACAAGCAAAUGAAUAUUUUUUCAAUGAUGCUAUAAAAAAAUUAAAACCUGAAGACAGAGCUUUACCUCAAGUUGUUUUAAUGAAAGAAUUAUUAUGUCAAGGCAUUGCAGUUCACCAUAGUGGAAUUUUGCCAAUACUAAAAGAAAUAGUAGAAAUGCAAUUUCAAAAAAGUUUAGUGAAGUGUUUAUUUGCCACUGAAACAUUUGCGAUAGGUAUUAAUAUGCCAGCCAGAACAGUGGUCUUUGAAGCAAUUAACAAAUUUGAUGGCAUAGAAAGAAGAAAUUUAGCACCAGCUGAGUACACUCAAAUGGCAGGACGCGCAGGUCGUCGUGGUCAUGAUGAUAGUGGUACAGUAAUAAUAAUGGCAAAUGAUCAAUUACCCAAUGACAGAGAAUUAACAAAUAUGAUGUUAGGUAAAUCUGCUAAAUUAGAAUCUCAAUUUAAAGUCAGUUAUUCUAUUAUAUUGAACAUGUUUAAAAAGAAAAAUUCUGAAACUCUGGAAGAAAUCUUAGGUAGUAGUUUCAUUGAAGCUGCUAGAGCCAAAAAAAAAGAUGAAUAUACUGAAGAAUUAAAUUCUUUAAAAAUAAUACAUGAAAAUGAUACAUGGGAACCGACAGGAAAGCAAGAUUUAACUGUAAAAGAAUUUUAUCUUCGUGCCAAACAGUAUUUAGACUGUAGAAAUGAAGACUGGGAUAGACUAUAUGCUGCAAGUGAUAAAAGUUAUAGUGAAAUUGGCAGAUUUGUCAUUAUUACACACAAACAUUAUGUUGGAAAUUUAGCUAUUAUAUUAUCAAGCAACACAAAAAAAAUUCCACGAGAAUUUCGAGUAUUGGUAUUAGACAACGAUAAGGCAAAUAAAGAAGUAUCUGAUGAUAAAAUGGAUUCUUGGUAUAAGUUUAUAUAUUUAUCUAAAAAAAGAAGAUUAUUAAAUAAAUCAUUAGAUGUAAUUUCUAAUAAUGCCCAUACCAUUUUAAAUAUAACUUCAAAUUCAAUAUUUGCAAUCACUAAAUUUUCUGGAAACUUUGAUAAUGAUUCAAUUAUAAAAAAUUGGGAAAUGAGACAAAACGAACGUUUUAAAGAUGCUGCUAUUUCAACACAUUGUCAGAGAGCCAUUACAAUGUUAUCAGAAAAAACAUUACUUUUAAAUCGAGCAGAAAAUGAUGAUUCAGUGAUAAGUUUGUUAGAUCUAGGAAUUGAUAAUUUUGAAUUGCACAGAACUAUGUUACAUAUGCAUGCAUUGGAAAAUCAAGUGUACAAUAUUGAUUUGUCUGACAUUAUUGCAUUUGAAGAAGUUUUCUCAAAAUUAUAUGAAUAUCAAACAAGAAUAGAAAGAAUAGCAGAAUUACAACACCAAAUAUCAAAUAAAGCGUUACAGUUAUAUAAUGAGUAUAUUAGCAAAGUAGAAAUUCUCAAAGAACUAAAAUAUAUAAAUCCAAGGAAUGAAAUAACUACCCAAAAAGGGAAUGUAGCUGCAACUAUGGGAUCACAUGAACUUUUGGUAACGGAACUGUUAUUAUGUAAUAUGUUUGAAGAAAUGAAACCAGAAGAAAUUGCCGCUGUUCUUUCAUGUUUAGUUUGUGAAUCCAAAUCAAAUAUUGAUUUAGAACAAAUUAAAGAAGAAAAUUUGAUAAUUGGAAUGAAUUUAAUAAAACAAAAGCAUGAUUACAUUCAAUCAGUUGAAUCAAAUUAUUUGAGCAAUUAUGAACGUGUUAAUCUCAACUUUAAUUUAGUAAAAGUGUUGUAUUUAUGGGCUCAAGAAAAGCCUUUUUCUGAAAUAAUGCAAAUAACAGAUAUUCAAGAAGGAAUUAUAGUUAGGUGCAUAGUUCAAUUAAAUGAAAUUUUAACUGUUAUUAAAAAUGCUGCAAAAAUGAUUGGUACCAACAAGAUAAGUGAAAAAAUGCAAGAAGUACUUGACAAAAUCAAAAGAAAUAUUGUAUUUACUCCAUCUUUGUAUAUGGAAUAAAUUUUAAAAUAUUUUAAAAUAAAUUUAAUUGUUUACCU